AUGAGCUCCACCAACAUGAGCUCCACCAACAUCACCACUACCCCAACCCCCACCAAUCCAUCCACCUCACCCAUCAACUCCCACUCCGCCGCUCCCGCCCACCCAAGUGGCACACCUCCCCCUUCCUCGUCCCCGCCUCAAAAAAUGCAGGGCGAUUCCCAGAACGAAGAGAAACAACCGCAGCGCGAUCUUUCCUCUCGCGACGCCGAGGUCUCGGCCCUCAAGAUCCGGAUCAACUUAUACCACCAACGAGAAUCCACACUCAGCAAAGUAGUCGACACAGUAGCGACAAAACAGGAGGUAACCCUUGCGGAAAUAUGCAAGGACAUCGAGGAAUUAAGUGCAGGGAUCGAGGCCCGAAGCGAAGAAGUGGAGGAAAGAAGUGCGUUCUUGGACAGAAAGGCGCUGCACUUGGAGAAUAUCUGCAACGAGUUCGAUGAGGAUGGCGAAAAACUGGACCAACGAGAAGAGAAGGUAUACUUGAGAGAAAUGGAGGCAGACCGAAAAAAAAAGCAUUACAGCGAUGUAAAUACGAAUUUGAAAAAGAGGGAUUUGGAUUUGCAAUGGAGACAGAGGGAGCUGCGCCGCAGAGAGGUGGAGUUGCAGCGCAGAGAGGAGGAGGUAAGACGCCAAAUUCGCCUGUUGGAGAAACGGGAGAAAGGCCAAAAGGAAGAACCCGAAGAGGAAUCGAGGGGAGCAAAGAAGAGGCACCUUUGA